AACAUCUGAAAAAGUAUCUUCUAGUCAGACUACAUUGUGUUCCUCUGUAAACAUAUGUUUGACCAGAAGGGGUCGCUGUUUCUUGAAAGAAACAAGCUUGGGCAGGUGUAGGACUGUAACAAAACAUUGGACAGACAGAGUACAUAUUUUACAAUUCAAGUGGUACAUUUUUUGGUCGAUAUUAAAUCCACAUAGAAAAAAGAAAAAAAGAAAAAAAAACAUAAAAUUAACACAGCACAUACACUCCAAAUUCCAAAUUUCGACAUAGGAUGUUUUUACAUAUCUAUAACUAGUUCCAGUAGAUGCUGGCAGCAGACUUCGUCUUGGCGUUUCUUACCAGUAGCGCAUAUUCUACCAGUACGAAACACUAACAAGACUGCUGUCAGUAGUUUAACAUUCCGGCUAAAGUAAGAUACAUAUUUAUUUUUUAUUGGUCUUAAGUUUGUGACAAUUAAAUGAUCAAAUCAACGAAAGCUCAAUGGUAUUAAGAGGAGAAUGACCAGAUCUUUUUGCCAAGUUUUGCCGUUGUCUCCACCCAAAGCCGCACACAUCCGGGGACUGUGGCGUCACCGGGUCACCCCAGAGAAGCUGGCAAACUAGGAAGACAAGCAGUCUGCAGGAGCCAGAGCGGUAUACUGGGAGAAACAGAAACUAGCUAUUCACACAAACCACAGCGGAGAAGGAAAAAUACUGGAACAACGUUUAGAAAACCAUUUACUGUACCGUACACAAAGCAACAGAGAAGCUUGAGGGAAAAGAGCUCAAGGUUGCUGGAUUUCUUAUAUGAACAAGGACGGGGAAUCGGCUGUCAGGUUGUGCUGUCACACUGGGCUGAGGUUACUGCACAUAAAGGGUCUGGCCUUAUUUCCAAAUUGGAGUCACUUAUAUCACUGGGUGGCUGCGGACUGAACCAACCCCACUGGACUCUAAAGAAGCUGUGACGUUUUCUGGGCAAAGCUUUUCUGCUUGUUGCUGGACUGCAAGAAGUUGAAUCAAAAGUGAGCAAAGGAAAUGGGGACACCUGGAUCUGGAAGGAAGCGUGCUCCUAUUAAAGACAGAUUCUCCGCAGAGGAUGAGGCCUUGGGUAGCAUUGCCCGGGAGGCCGAGGCAAGACUAGCUGCUAAACGGGCUGCAAGAGCGGAGGCACGGGAUAUCCGAAUGAGAGAAUUGGAGCGGCAGCAGAAAGAGCAUUCUCGCCGUUCAUCCGAUAGAAAAUGGGGACAAAUCAAUCAAUGGAUGGAAGAUACAGAAAAAGCUAAAUAUGGUCACAGGUCCAGUGGGCGUCACCACCGGGGGGUCGAUGAUGAUGUGAUGUCUGUCCGCAGUGUCGGCAGCUAUAGGCACUCAUCCUCCUCCCCCUCCUCAUUGCGAGAUGUGAGCGGCUCCCACAACAGUAGAGCAAGCACUUCCCGAAGAAGAGACCUUGUGUUUGACAGCUUAAAGGACAAGUCAUCCACAAAAAGCUCACGAUCAUCAAGCUCUUCUUACAGUGCCUCUUAUGGUCUCACGAAGACGCCUGUUUCCAGUAACUCCAGGAAAGAUCUGUUGAGUGGAUAUUACCAUGACCAAAGAAACUACAGCAGCCUAAAACACUCCAAACCUAUUUCUUCUUACCAUACCCGGUCCUCUUCAUUAUAUAGUGACUCACUCGCUACAACACCCAGGAGUUACAGGUUAUCCUCUAGUACAGACUCUCAUGGUCUGACACGGAGCUACAGUGUGGCUUCUUUGUGUGACGAUGGUCUCUAUGGUUCAUAUAGUAGUUCAAGAGCUCCUUCAGAAUACAGCUAUUCUUCUUCUUCAAGAGCAAGCUCCACUCGUAGCAGCCCUGUGUCUUCUGAUGAUGACACAGUGAGCACUGCCUCCCAGGAUCGUGCCAGCCGUGGGCGGAGGGACAGUGUGUCCUCUGACUUCUCUGAUAUAAGUGAGUCAGCUGCAGACUAUUUUAGCCGCUCUAACCGCAGGGGGAGCAUUGUAUCUGACUUGGAUGAUCUUAUCAUCCCAGACCUGGACAGUCUGGAUGAGAAGAGUGACAAGCAUUUCACUGAAGUAUUCACUCGGCCAGUGCCCCGUAAUACUGUACCUGGAUUAUCUGCUGCUACCCUGGCCUCCUUGGGUGGGACCUCGUCUCGGAGAGGAAGCGGGGAUACGGGCAGUAUAGUAGAUCCAGACGCUUCACUCAGUGAAUUGAGGGAUAUCUAUGAUCUUAAGGACCAGAUACAAGAUGUAGAAGGCAGAUACAUGCAGGGACUAAAAGAGCUCAAGGAUUCAUUGACGGAAGUGGAAGAGAAGUACAAGAAAGCAAUGGUCUCCAACGCACAGCUGGACAAUGAGAAAGCAAAUCUGAUCUAUCAGGUGGACACACUCAAAGAUGUUGUUGAGGAAAUGGAGGAACUGAUGUCAGAAAUGCAUCGAGAAACCGAAGAGAAAUCAAAGGAAUUAGAGCGACAAAAGCACACAUGUAAUGUCCUUCAGCAUAAAAUAGAUGAACUUAAAGAAGGUGUUCGCCAAAGAGAUGAGCUAAUCGAGGAGAACCAGGGCAUGCAGCAAAAGUUAGAUUCUCGCACCAGAGAAGUGUUUGAUCUGCAGGAAACGAUUAACUGGAAGGACAAAAAAAUUGGGGCCCUAGAGAGGCAGAAAGAGUACUUUGACUGCAUUAGAAAUGAGCGAGAUGAGCUCAGAGAUGAGCUGGCUGUCCUCAGUGGAAAUAUGAAGACAGGAGAGAAACAUGGGUUGGUGAUUAUCCCAGAAGGCAUGCCAAAUGGUGAUAUAAACCAUGAACCCAUGGUUGGUGCAAUAACUGUGGUGACGCAAGAAGCUGCUCAGGUUCUUGAAUCUGCAGGAGAAGGACCAUUAGAUGUCAGGCUAAAAAAACUUGCUGAUGAAAAGGAAGAACUGAUAGCCCAGAUCAGGAAGCUGAAAAUGCAGCUGGAUGAAGAACGUCAGAAGAGCUCCAAGAUCGAGAGCGUGUUAACAGACGGAGAGCGCCUUGAGAACGGCACAGACUUGCAGUUCAUUGAAAUGCAGAGAGAUGCCAACAGACAGAUAAGUGAAUACAAGUUUAAGCUCUCCAAGGCAGAACAGGAAAUAUGUACAAUGGAACAAAACAUAAACAGACUUGAAGGGCAGGUGUCUCGGUACAAAGCGGCAAGUGAGAAUUCAGAAAAAAUCGAGGAUGAACUAAAAGCAGAAAAGAGGAAACUUCAAAGAGAGUUGAGAACAUCCUUGGACAAGAUAGAAGAGAUGGAGAUGACCAAUAGCCACUUAGUGAAGCGAUUAGAGAAGAUGAAAGCUAACAGGAAUGCUAUUCUGUCACAGCAGUAAAGGGUGGAGACAGAGACAGCAACCGCUAAGAGAGCAACGCACUGCAACUUAAAUUAACAAGCCCUUCGUGUCAUAAACUUUUCACAUCAGCACAAACACUUUGGAACACCUUGGAACGUGUUCAUGAAUAAUGAUCUAGUUUUAUAGCAAAAUACUGGCAGACUUUUUUCUUUUGUAAUUUAUAUGAAUGAAAGCAUUGUCCAUUCAAUGUCUGUGUAUGAGAAUUGUGAACUUUUAUUUACCUGUCUUAGUUUAGCAGCUUGAUUCUUAGAUUACAGAGGUGGGGUAUGUAUUUUCUAUGAUUUGCUAGGGAAAUGCAAGUUGUUUUUUUUCCUCAGAGCUUUAUACAUCAAGUUGAUUCACUAAAAGUUUGUAUUUUUCCCUGCUGCUUGGAUGAUGCUGGGUGCUUGGACUUUUUUUGUUUUUGGAUGGCUUGCAUGAAUUCAAGGGGAUACUAUAUUGCUUCUCAAUUAUAAUAUAAAUAAAUGGCUGCUCAUACCCUGCACACAUUCUGCAAGUGCCUUUUACAUGGGGCAAACGAGGUUUAUAAAAUAAUACUGGUACAAAUUAUGUAGUUAACAUAGUGUGCAGUUGGAAAAAAAUAGAUACAAUAAACAAUGUUAAGUUUCAAUGGUUAAGACAAUUUACUUUAAAUUUUUUUUUUUUUUUUCUUGAAAGAAAAAUGUAAAAAUGACUAAGGACUGUAUAUAAAUGUGGAUGUUUUUUUGCAUGGGUGAUGGAUGGCACAUCUUAGUUUUCAGAUUUCAGACAGGAUAUGUAUGACCUUAAUUGUGGGUAUGUGACAGCAAGAAAAAAGGAGAUGAAAAAAAACACUUUGUGCUGUACUUUCUAAAACUGUAUUUUUUACUGCUUGAUUGUUAAGCAGGUUUAGUCUCAGGAGCACAAAAAGUUUGUGACCGGGGCAGCUAAAACAUUAAACAGACACUUUAUAAAGAAGAGGAAGGUUUUUAUUUGUAUUGUGUUCACUUCCAAAUAUUUUUUGCGUGUUUUUUUCAGCUGUACUUGACAAUUAUGCUUCCUUAUCCCCGAUUUAGGAUAUAUAGAUAUGCUUAUUAUGGUUUUCAUUCUUUUUUUAAACUGUACCUUGUAUCUGAAGGUUUCAGCUCAAGUACCCCUUAAAUGGUACCACAGUUGCAAUAAAAGACAGAAUAAUCUGAUUAACAAUACAUUUUCUCCAAAUUCAACUAGCUGCUAUUGCUGUUAAUGCAGCUGCACCUAAUAAGUAACUUCUAAAAAUGCAGAAAGAUUGUACUUCACUGAUUUAGUUAGUAUUCCAUUAUAUGACAAGUUGAAAACAGCAAAGACCAUGAGCAGCACAGAGCACCCUCCAUAGGCAGAAUCACCAGACGCCUGCUUCACCCACCCAUAUCAUUCGUUUUUUCAGGGAACACAAAAAAGGUACAAUGUCAAAAAUAUAUAGCUGAAUGGGCUGUGUUUUAAAAUAAGUAGGUUUCCAUUAGAUGUAGUGUAGUUGGUUUUCUUGGUACAGUACUAUAUUUUCAACAGAAGUAGUUUAAUUCAGAAUAUGAGUGAAAAUAUCACUUGCCAAAAAGGACUGGAACGUGAACUGUAAUACAGUACAUACUUUUAAAUCCAGUACAUAUUGUAGAAGUAUGUACAAUUCCCCAUUAACGACACAACACAAUGAAAUCAAAAUGUUACCCAUGCACAGAACUGCUUAAAACGUAAGUCAAUGCAAUUUAACAAAAGAUCAAAAAAAUAACACCAGUUUCCAGAAUUAAAACAGUAUCCAAUGUCAGUCUUCAAAAUUGCAGAAUAUUGUUCUCGAUAAGGCCUUAAUGUCACAGUUCAGUUGCAAAUGAAAAUGCACAAAAGCAACUAAAGAUUUUAAAAAAAAAUCCCAGUAUCUAAAACUGUUUAAUGAUUAACUUUUACAUUACCGUGCCUUGUCUCGUUUGCUUUGUUUUUGGAGGAAGCGCUGUGUAACUGCAGUGCACAAUAAAGUCAGACUGAUUUGCCAUGCCAGAAAAAAGAAACAAAAAAAAAACACCAUGCAGGCUGUGAUGGUUAAACAAGUCAAUUGUAAUUUGAAAAAUUCAGGUGGCCAAGAAAAGGAUAUUAUUAAUACGGGUUCCUUAUCUGUUUUUUGAUCCAGAUUGUAAACUAAAGUAUUUCAUUACACUUAACAAGGUGCUUGGUGAUUUUCUAAUAUUUUUGGCAAGGAGUAUUCUAACAAAAUACCACAGAUUUGGGGUUUCCAACUGGGUGUACGAGGAUGACUGAGAAAUGCAAAAAUAAAAGUAAAAGAAUAUAAUGAUCUUGAAUUGAUUUUUUUUUAAUAUGUAUUAUCUGUAAACCAUUGUGUUUUAAAUAUUUUAUUUUUGUUUAGCAGUUCAAAUGUUUAAAGUUGCCCUGAACCGCAGAUGAAAAAAAAAAAAUAUAUAUACCACAGAAUCUAUCACGUACGUACUUUCCACCUGUACGCAUGCGUGAUUUCGAUUGCGUGAAUUUCCACUCUGAUAUAGGUGGGUGAAGCAGGCGUCUGGCGAUUCUGCCUCUGGAGAGCGCUCUGUGCUGCUCAUGGUCUUUGCUGUUUUCAACUUGUCAUAAAUGAAGGAAGAAACCACAAAAGAGUCUACAGAAAGUGCAAAGCGACAAAGUUAUACAGAAUCCCUUUGCAUAUUUUUGAUAUUGGCUUUAAUAAAGAAGUUUAUCAAUGUUC